AUGUCGGCAAAAGAGGUUGAAGAAUCCCUGAAAAUUACCAAACUCACUUUACUCAUCUCCGGAAUUAAAAUGGAGCAUGGAAAGUGGGAUCCUCUGUUUAAAAUACUGUUUCAAGUACAGUUUCUCUGGAUCCAUUCGGCCAUCGUGGGCGAACUGUCUUGGGUGGUAGACGGAUCACAGAAUGGGAAGAGUUUCUUAGAACUCUCCUAUAAUAUACCUUGUGCGAUGGUCUGCCUACUUUCUUCAGUAAAGGCCACAUUUUUCUUCAUUCACCAAGACGUUUUUAUUGAAGUUGUUAAAAAACUUAUAAAUAUACAUCCAGAAGUUGAUGAUAAGAGAGUGACUGACGAAAAAACAAUUGAAGAUGAAGAAUUAAACGAUGUCGUACGAAGAAACGUAAAUGAAUCGACUACAUUCCUAAAAUAUUUAAUAAAAUUGGACUUAGCGAUAUGUUCGGGGGUGAUAGUGGCAUUUGCUUUACAACCUCUUCCAGCGAUGGGAUAUGAGUAUUGGAAAACAGGGACUUAUAAAGUAACAUUUCCUUAUAAUGUCAAGUAUUUCUUCGAUCCCUACAGUAAGGCUGUUUGGCCUUUCGUCUAUGUUUAUCUGGUUUGGGCAAGUACCAUAGCAUUCCUCAACACUUUUGGCACAGACACGUUCUUCUUCGCAUUCUGCGUGUACAUGAGGAUGCACUUUCGAAUCCUGCAGAGGAGGUUCCAGGAUGCAGUGUGUGAGAGAGAGGGAAGACAAAUUGUUGAAGUCGUUAAAAGGCACCAGGAUGUGAUAAAUUUAGCAGACCAAAUGGAAAUCCUGUACUCUAAAUCUACCCUCUUCAGCAUGGUCACAAGUUCUAUUCUCAUUUGUCUCUGCGCGUUUAACGCUACGGUCAUGACGGUGAAGGACAUGGGCGUGGUGAUCUCGUUCAUGGCGUUCCUCUCGAUGCUCCUCACUCAGAUCUUCCUCCUGUGCUACUUCGGUGACAUGCUGAUGAAGUCGGUAAGAAAUCGGGUGAUGAUGAUGAUGAUGAUGAUGUUCCUGUCUAUUAGCCUCACGCAGAUCUUCCUCCUGUGCUACUUCGGGGAUAUGCUGAUGAAGUCGAGUACGGAAAUAAGCGACGCCAUCUACAACAGCCAAUGGUAUCAAGCGGAUCAACGUAUGAAGAGAAACGUGCUGUUUGUUUUGAGCAGAUCACGUAUACCAUGUAAACUGACAGCUUCCGGUUUCGCAGAUGUCAAUAUGGAACUAUUCACUUCGAUACUCGGUCGAUCGUGGUCUUUCUUCGCUCUUCUGAAGACUGUUAUCAAGUAAACAAUGAGGAUGACAGAAACCUGUUUCAUUGAUGUAAAAAGAUUUCAGUCAUCCAGUUCAACCAUACUUUCUAACUUCUAACAUACACUACAUGUAAAGCAGGGAUUCUUAAAGUGGGGUCCACGGACC